GGACCUUUUGUCUUGAUACCUGCUGUCUUGACUGCCGGCGAGUCUUGGAAAGUCUUGAAUGUGACUUGGAGCCGAACACGCAGAGAGUGGCCACAAUGUCCGCCGCCACACGCCAAUUGGACUUACCUGCACUUGCUUUCCCAACUCCGUCUCCAUGAAAACGCAGUAACGCGGCGCCUCAGGAAUGGCCAACUCGGGUGCCGUUCAGGUGAAACUCGAACUCGGCCACCGCGCCCAAUUCCGAAAGAAACCCACGGUGGAAGGCUUCACCCACGACUGGAUGGUGUUCGUCCGAGGACCGGAACACAGCAACAUUCAGCACUUUGUGGAGAAAGUUGUCUUUCAUUUGCACGAGAGUUUCCCCAAACCAAAAAGAGUUUGCAAAGAUCCACCAUACAAAGUGGAGGAGUCGGGAUACGCCGGCUUCAUCUUGCCCAUUGAAGUUUAUUUCAGGAAUAAGGAAGAGCCGAAGAAAGUCCGCUUCGACUACGACCUCUUCCUCCACCUGGAGGGCCACCCGCCCGUCAAUCACCUUCGCUGCGAGAAGCUCACCUUCAACAAUCCCACCGAAGAAUUUCGACGGAAGCUCCUGCGAGCCGGAGGGCAACGGGAUCCGCACAAACGCACCUCGGAGGAUUCAAAAGUGAUGGUGAUGCAGGAAGGCUCCACAUCCUUGUUGGGGCCGCACACGAAGCUUCCCAGCAGCUCCUUGGUCUCCACGUUCUCCGACCCAAGGAAGAGCAAAAGCUCCCACGGGCCCCCCAAGAAGGGCUCCAAAGGAAGCGGCCCGGUCCUUCUCACCACCAGCACCGGUACCGGCACCGGCACCAACUGCAGCAGCUUCUCCAAACUCCACAAGCCCUCCAAGGACCACAAAGACAAACCAGCAAAAGACUCCAAAGAGACCAAAAGUGCCUUCAGGGACUCAUGCUGGGAGUCCAGCAGAGCCCCGAACGAACCUUCCAGAAAACCCAAAGAGAACCAGCCGCUUCGAAAUGGCAACCCCAAAAUGGGAUUCAAGGAGCCCAAGUCUCAUCGGAGCGAGGCGUCCAACCACGGGGCUGGCAAGCGAGCGGCCGCCCCAGACGGGGACAAUUGGCGCAGCAAAAAACGCAAAAGGGGAUUUGCCCAUUUGCCUGGGUCCGACGGGCAACGUUGCGAAAAGAAAGUACUGAAGGACCGGCCGCAGAUGCAAAGCGCUAAAUCGCAUCCAGAGGGCGACGAAGCCACGCAGCAGCGCAAGGUCUCGGCGCUUCCGCCAUUCCGGGAAGUGGUGGACUCCAAUGACUCCGACGUGGACUCCAACAAAUCGGACUCGGAACAGCCCAGUCCAGCCAGUUCCAGCUCCAGUUCGUGCUUUGCGCCCACACAGCACAAACGCCAAGUACUCGGCCCGCUGCAGUCAGUGAUGCAGGACCCGCAUUCAGACGACCACGACGCUAAUUCCGAGGAGGACGACGACCUGGACUUGGAUUCGGACGCCGAGCGGCCGGCGCACAUGCACAUCUCACACCACCAGCGCAGGGUCAGUUUGGGUGACGGCAGCGAGAGCGACGCUUCCACCCCCUCGCCGCCUUCACGGAACGAUGUCCCGGCCUUAUUAAAAACGACAAGUAACCAGAUGCUGGAAGUGAAGAGUCCCAGCGAGCAAAGCAAGAAGAACAAGAACCAAAAUCUCGAUUGUGACAAGGCUUACCUGGACGAGCUGGUGGAACUGCACAAAAGGCUGAUGACCCUGAGGGAGGGUCACAUCCUCCAACAGAUCGUCAACCUCAUCGAAGAGACGGGCCACUUCCACAUCACAAACACCACUUUUGACUUUGACCUGUGCUCCUUGGACAGAAGUACCGUAAGGAAGCUGCAGAGUUACCUAGAAACCUCCGGACUCUUCUGAGCCGCCGGCAAGCUGCAUUGCUCUCCGUACAAUUGGAUUUUGUCUUUGGGAUUGAAAUAGGACGCAAUGCAAGACAAAUCGAAAACAGAAGCUCUCAUCACCCGCAAAGCCUUGAAAGCGUUGCUUCGCUCCCUGAAAAAAGUUUUGCUCUUAAUGAAUGUUUGCGUGCUGAUGGUUGCCACGCGUUUGGAAACGCCUGGUCAACAUUGCCUUACAACGCUCUCAUGUCUUAUUUAUUGAAUUUCAAUUUGCGUGUGUGUGUGUGUGUGUGAGAGCGUGCGUGCGUGCGUGUCGCAAAUGGCUAAACAAAGAAUAGGACUUUUGGUCAAGCACUUGGCAGCAGGCGUUUCGCAAUUGUUUGCAAUCCGGCGACAAAACACGCCACACGUUUUCCACCAAGUGGCCCAACGAGCGUCAAGACAAAUAUGCUAGCGAGGGACGACCAACUGUCUUUUCCACGACUGAAUAUUUCAUCCCAAAGCACAAUUCCCACCGACUUCCUGUGCAUAAAGACCAAAUCCACAAAUGAUGGAAAAGCACGUCAACGAGCAAUCAAGUAAGUGGCAGCCCACCUGUUGGGGGUCCAAAGUCCCGCUUCCAUAUUAUGAGGCAAAAUCGUUGUUGGCAGAAAUGUGUGAUGACAAUGUUAUUUAUUUCUCUUUGACCGGCGGCUGUGGCGUCAAAGCUCAGCACAGAAGGACAAAUGAGCUUUUCCCCCCCCCCCCCCCCCUUUUGUAAUGGGAUGGCGCAAACACUUCUGGGGCCUUCUUCUGGUGUCUUGUGUAUUUUGAGGACGGCUAAUAAAUGCUCUGGAUUGGUGCGCACGUGA